AUCAAGAAAAAAUAUGCGUUGAAAAUGGCGAUGGUCGUUGUAACAAAGUCCAACGCCCCGCUCCCGCCAAAAGAUUUAGCUCGCUCUCCCAAAGCUUUCACUCCACUCUUCCUCCCUUCGUCUUCGUCAACUCAGAAUAAAUCCGGCAGCCAUUGAAUUUCUGUCAGUCCUGUGAAUGCUUACUCUCCGUCCAUGCUUCGUUUCUCUUCUCACAUUACCCGUUUCCCCUCCCUGCCGUCGACCAAUCUCCCUUCUCCGCUCCUUCCAUUUCUUCUCUAAACCCCACUCCUUCCUCCCAAAACCCUCUUCCGCUCUCUUCCUAAACCCUACUUCACAGAUGUCUAAUCGCCCCAACGCGUUCGACAUUCUCAAAUCCAACGCCAAAUCCGUCUACAAGAAUAAGCCCCAAGCUCAGUCUCCCAAGAAGCGGAAAGCCGCCGAGCCCGAAAACCCUAAACCCGCAUCCGCUUCUCCCGAUUCAGCGCCGGAAGCGAAGGUUCCCGACCCUGAACCAGCCGCUCAUGGCGGCGAUUCUUCCACUGACCAGAAAUCGGAACUGCCCAAGGCGGACGGUGCGCAGAAGUCGUUUUUCAUGCCUUGUAGUUCGAAGAAAAUCCGCGCCGACGAUAGGGUUGAGGAAUUGAAGAGCAAGGUUGGGGAUUUGAAGAAGAAAGCCAAGGAAUUCAAGCCGGAGAAAGUGGCGUGCUGGGAGAAGGGAGAGAGGAUCCCUUUCAUUUUUGUUUCUUUGGCGUUUGAUAUGAUAGCUAACGAGAGUGGGAGGAUUGUGAUUACCGAUAUCGUGUGCAAUAUGCUGCGGACUGUGAUGGAUACUACCCCGGAUGAUUUACUUCCGGUUGUCUAUCUCUUGGCUAACAAGAUUGCGCCCGCUCAUGAAGGGGUUGAGCUUGGGAUUGGGGAAGCAAUCUUGAUCAAAGCACUGGCGGAGGCUUACUCGAAGAUGGAGAGGGAUGUGAAGAAGAUGUACCAGGAGAUGGGAGAUUUGGGGCUUGUUGCUAAAGCUAGCCGCAGGACUCAACGGACAAUGUCCAAGCCUGAAUCUUUAACAGUGGCCAAAGUCUUCGACACAUUUCGAUUGAUUGCUAAGCAAUCUGGUAAGGAUAGUCAAGACAGCAAGAGGAAACAUAUCAAGGGACUUCUUGUGGCAGCCAUUGACUGUGAGCCUCAAUAUAUUAUGCGCUUGCUUCAGUCAAAGUUGCGAAUUGGUUUUUCAGAGCAGACUCUUUUGGCUGCUUUAGGCCAGGCUGCUGCGUAUAUCGAGAAGCAUUCUAAACCACCUUCAAAUGUUCAGUCACCUUUGGAAGAGGCCGUGCGCAUUGUUAAAGGAGUCUACUCAGUCCUUCCUGUAUAUGAUAUAAUUGUCCCUGCUCUUCUCAGUAAUGGUGUAUGGAAUCUUUCCAAGACAUGUAACCUUGUGCCUGGUGUUCCUGUUGCACCGAUGCUUGCUAAAUCAACCAAGGCUGUUUCUGAGAUAGUAAAUAAAUUCCAGGAUAUAGAAUUCACUUGUGAAUACAAGUAUGAUGGAGAACGUGCCCAGAUUCACUAUAUGGAGGAUGGUUCAGUUGAGAUAUACAGCAGGAAUGCUGAGCGAAACACUGGGAAGUUUCCUGAUGUUGUGGCUACAAUUUCAAGGUUGAAGAAGUCUUCUGUGAAAUCAUUCAUUCUGGAUGGUGAACUGGUUGCCUAUGACCGAGAAAAAAACAAAAUCCUGCCUUUUCAGAUCCUUAGUACCCGGGCCCGCAAAAAUGUGGUCAUGAGUGAGAUAAAGGUUGAUGUGUGCAUAUUUGCUUUUGACAUGCUGUAUCUUAACGGUGAACCACUUAUUCAAGAACAGUUGGAAGUUCGUCGAAAGCGGCUGUAUGAUUCAUUUGAGGUUGAACCUGGAUUCUUUCAGUAUGCAACAGCAAUAACAUCCAACGACCUCGAGGAAAUACAGAAGUUUCUGAAUGCAGCUGUUGACUCUAGUUCUGAGGGUUUGAUCAUCAAAACACUGAACAAAGAUGCUACAUAUGAACCUUCAAAACGAUCACGCAACUGGCUAAAAUUAAAGAAAGAUUAUAUGGAAAGCCUUGGGGAUUCAUUUGAUCUGGUUCCCAUUGGUGCUUUCCAUGGUACUGGGAAGCGUACAGGGUUCUAUGGUGCUUUUCUCCUUGCUUGUUAUGACAAUGACAGAGAGGAAUAUCAAAGUAUCUGUAAAUUGGGUACGGGAUUCAGUGAAGCACAGCUUGAAGAACAUUCUACUAGACUACGCACGAAAGUGAUUCCCGAACCAAAGACAUACUUCAGGUUUGGAGAGAAGCUGAAUCCAGAUGUUUGGUUUGAGCCUUCUGAGGUAUGGGAAGUGAAAGCUGCAGACCUGACAAUCAGCCCUGUCCAUUGUGCAGCAAUUGGUGCGGUGGAUCCUAAUAAGGGUAUUUCUCUGCGGUUCCCUCGUAUGUUACGUGUCAGAACAGACAAGACUCCAGAGGAAGCUUCAUCAGCCGAGCAGGUGGCCGAGAUGUAUAAUGCUCAGAAGCACAACCAACCAAACCCCGAGGCAGAUGAUGAAGAUGAUUGAGCAGCAGAUUUUUCAGAUUUGCCUUUUUAUUGCCUUCAGCAAAGAUCUCAAAUUCAUUCGUCCCUCUUCCAAGAAGCCAGAUGGCAGAGUCAUGUUUGCUGCACUGUACAGAUUGUUGUUGCACUUCUAAGGUUAGGACAGAGAAGCACUGUCUAUCUGCCACAGAAGUGACUGGAACUUGGAGAAUCAAUCUAAUCAAACAAACGGGCAAAUUACAUUUGAUGUCACUUCUAUCUUGCAACUUGCUCUCCUCCUUUUAUGUACAGUAGGUCUUUGUUUACGGGUUUCUGGAGUCUUGACUGGAAGGUUCUUUUUAUGUUCUGCAAUAUAUGUUUGAAGUCAAAGCUUUGUUCUGGACUGUGGAGCAUGUAAUGAACGGGAUUUCCGCUUAAGGUCCCCCAAAAAGCUUAACUGGAAAGGAAGAAUAGAAGGGUUGUUUCUUUUACAGGGCUAAUGAGAUGAUGGCGAUGCUUAAGAGGUGGGAAAAUUCAGGACCUCUUGGCAAAUGGAGGAGCUAGAAAUAAGACAGUCUUUUGCUGUCAGUUAUUUUCAGGGACUUUUGGUCCAAGUCUGCAAUCUUCUGCCGUGUAGACCAAGGAAGCAUGUCAUGGAAUGGCGGCCUUUUUAGGUGUUCCAGCUGCAGUUGACAGCCAACUUCAGUCGCCAAUAUCAAAUAUGGGUUUGCCCGCUGCUU